GACACACACAACCACACACACAUACCGACAGAGACACACACUCUCUUACACACAAACUCACACACACACAAUCAGAAGCGAGCAUACCUGUGCAGACUGGGGGGAGUAGUGCUGGAGGGGCUUUUCACCGUUCUCUCUGAGGGCGCUGUGCUGUCAUUUUGGGAGAGAAGCGGGUCUCAAUUGUUUCCUAUUUCCUCUUCCUCUUCUCAUUCCUGGAAUGCUAAAACUGGACUGAUGGACAUUUCAGAACUGUGUCUGCCAGACCCUCUCAGCUAUCAUAACCAGGCUUCGUUGUCCAAUUCAUUAGGGCGAUUACUCAGUCCACUGGCCACACUGGAGCCUUCUCAUUUCUGGCUGCUGAAUAGAAUGGCUGCCGAUGACCGGCACCUUCCCUCCAGCUGUGGGUCCUACAUCAAGACGGAGCCGUCCAGCCCCUCCUCAGUCAUCGACACGGUCAGCCACCACAGCCCCAGCGGCAACUCGGAUGCCAGCGGCGGCUAUGUCAGCGCCAUGAACAGCCACUCCAACGGCCUGGACUCUCCGCCCAUGUUCACGCCCGGCGGGCUAGGCCCCGGCGCCUGCCGCAAGCGCUACGACGACUGCUCUAGCAACAUCAUGGAGGACUCACCCAUUAAGUGCGAAUACAUGUUGAACUCCAUCCCCAAGAGGCUGUGCCUGGUCUGUGGAGAUAUAGCCUCUGGGUAUCACUACGGCGUGGCCUCAUGUGAGGCCUGCAAAGCCUUCUUUAAAAGGACAAUACAAGGCAACAUAGAAUACAGCUGUCCCGCCACAAACGAGUGUGAGAUCACAAAACGGAGACGCAAGUCAUGUCAAGCCUGCCGCUUUAUGAAGUGUCUCAAAGUGGGGAUGCUCAAGGAAGGUGUGCGUCUGGACCGCGUGCGAGGGGGAAGACAGAAGUACAAGAGGAGGAUGGAUGCAGAGAGCACAGCAUACCUGGGCCUCACCCUCCCCCCUCCUGCCAAAAAACCCCUCACAAAGAUAGUGUCCCACCUUCUGGUGGCCGAGCCAGAGAAGAUCUAUGCCAUGCCUGACCCCACCAUGCCUGAGAGUGACAUCAAGGCCCUGACCACGCUGUGUGACCUGGCUGACCGGGAGCUGGUGGUCAUCAUUGGCUGGGCCAAGCAUAUCCCAGGCUUCUCCACACUGUCCCUGGCAGACCAGAUGAGCCUACUGCAGAGCGCCUGGAUGGAGAUCCUGAUCCUGAGCAUCGUGUUCCGCUCGCUGCCCUACGAGGACGAGCUGGUGUAUGCAGAGGACUACAUCAUGGACGAGGAGCACUCGCGGCUCACGGGCCUGCUCGACCUCUACGUGUCUAUCCUGCAGCUCGUUCGCAAGUACAAGAAGCUGAAGGUGGAGAAGGAGGAGUUUGUUACCCUCAAGGCCAUCGCUCUCGCCAACUCAGACUCCAUGCAUAUAGAGGACGUGGAGGCAGUGCAGAAGCUCCAGGAUGCGCUCCACGAGGCUCUUCAGGACUACGAAAGCAGCCAACACCAGGAGGACCCCCGGCGGGCAGGCAAGCUGCUCAUGACCCUGCCCCUGCUGCGCCAGACCGCCACCAAGGCCGUGCAGCACUUUUACAGCAUCAAAGUGCAGGGCAAGGUGCCCAUGCACAAACUCUUCCUGGAGAUGCUGGAGGCCAAGGUCUGAUGGAGGAGCAGGUGCCCCCUGUGAAGGCGAUGGGGACAGGGCAAUGCAGACAGAGAGACAUGGACAGGAGGGACUCAGGACAGGAGAGGGACACCCUGCUGACUGAGACAGGAGACAGACUGACCUCUCUUGUUCUCCGCCCCCUCGGGCCCCAGACAUUAAAACAAAUACAAAUAAAGAAGAACAAAUGCUAAACUUGGUUAAAAGUAUAAAUAUAAAAUGAUGCAGAUUCAUUUAAAAUAUAUAAGAAAUACUAUGUACAGUAAUCAUUUUGUUUUGUUUAUGGUCUGUGGUCAUACUGUAUGUGAAGGAUCUCCCCCUCUCUCUAUAUCUUCAGAAGGAGUAAUUGCAGGCUCUUAAUUAACAUGGUUUCUAGUCAGAACCUCAAGACAUCUCCAAAUGUGUUCUGAUGACAACACACAUGGCAACCACUAUGAACAGCCUCACUUGUCAGACAGUUAUUUCACCUCCUGGACUUGACCAGGACAUGUAUAUAUAUUUAUUAAUAAUGGAAAACUGAGUGUACAGUUAAUUCUGGUGAACCCGACGGCCAUUUUCUCUCAUUCUUUUUCUUGGGGAAAAAAAAGAAAGAAAGAAUAAAAACUGUUACCUAAAUGUGAGCUCUAUUGAUCUAAAUGCCCUUGAAUAUACCUCUUCAGAGCAGUGAGCCGUGUGAUAUGGGUCUGUCUCAGACAGGAAGAAGACAAACUGGUCACAUGACAUGUUUAACCAAACUAGCGUAGGCAGGUAGUCAGUCGUCUUAUUCUGUAGUAACUCAGCAAUAAAGGGAGCCGUGCCGUGGCCAAGCCAUGUUAAACCUCCACUACCCUCUCCUUCACAAUGCUGCUGUCUAUCUGUCUGUCUGUCACUAUAAGACCCAUAUGUGUGUGAGUGUGUGUCCCGGCAAUGUAGAUGUUUCUCCUCUGCA